GCUUGCGGCCCGCGGUAGACUGUCCUGACCGGCGCACUGUCAGGCCGGGUGCUGAAGUGCGCAUGUGGGCGCUCCGCUCACUACUGUGCCCGGUGGCCCGGCGCACCAUGUCUCAGUGUCCGGCUCGUCGGCAGCGGCCGCCCAAAGACCCGCUGCGACACCUGCGCACGCGGGAGAAGCGCGGUCCGGCGAGUCCCGGGGGCCCCAACACAGUGUACCUGCAGGUGGUGGCGGCGGGCGGCCGGGACUCGGGCGCCGCGCUCUACGUCUUUUCGGAGUACAACCGGUACCUCUUCAACUGCGGAGAAGGCAUCCAGCGACUCAUGCAGGAAUACAAACUCAAAGUAGCUCGCUUGGACAACAUAUUUCUAACUCGAAUGCACUGGUCUAAUGUUGGGGGAUUAUGUGGAAUGAUUCUUACUUUAAAGGAAACUGGGGUUCCCAAGUGUGUACUUUCUGGACCUCCACAACUGGAAAAAUAUCUAGAAGCAAUCAAAAUAUUUUCUGGUCCACUGAAAGGAAUAGACCUGGCUGUGCGGCCACACUCUGCACCAGAAUACAAGGAUGAGACUAUGACCGUUUGCCAGGUCCCCAUCCACAGUGAACGGAAGUAUGGUGAGCACCAGCCAUCACAGAGUCCGAGAGGGUCUCCCCACAGGCUCAAUCCAGAACAGUUAUCAUCAGAUUCUGGAUCAGCAGAAAAUGAGCAGCGCCUUCCAGGUGGCAGCAAUGCAGGUGUCAACUGGAAAUCAGGUGGCAGGGACCCGUCCUUGGUGGUAGCUUUUGUCUGCAAGCUGCACUUGAAGAAAGGAAACUUCCUGGUGCUUAAAGCAAAGGAGCUGGGCCUACCUGUUGGGACAGCCGCCAUUGCACCCAUCAUUGCUGCUGUCAAGGAUGGAAAGAGUGUCACUUACGGAGGAAGGGAGAUCCCACCUGAAGAGCUCUGUACACCCCCAGAACCUGGUCUUGCAUUUAUUGUGGUAGAGUGUCCUGAUGAAGGAUUCAUCCAGCCCAUCUGUGAGAAUGGCACCUUUAAGAGGUACCAGGGAGAUGCCAGUGCUCCUGUGGCCCUAGUAGUUCACAUUGCCCCAGAAUCUGUGCUCAUGGAUGCCAGUUAUCAGCAGUGGAUGGAGAGGUUUGGACCAGACACCCAGCACUUGAUCCUGAAUGAGAACUGUGCAUCAGUCCACAACCUUCGCAGCCACAAGAUCCAAACGCAGCUUGGCCUCAUUCAUCCGGACAUCUUUCCCCCACUCACUACUUUCUACAGUAAGGAGGAAGGGUCUACCCUCGGCAUGCCCACGGUUCGGGGUGAAUGCCUCCUCAAAUACCAACUCCGCCCCAAGAGAGAGUGGCAGAGGGACGCCAUACUUACUUGCAAUCCUGAUGAAUUCAUAGCCGAGGCGCUGGAGCUCCCCAAUUUCCAGGAGAGUGUGCAGGAGUAUAAGAAGAAUGUGCAGGACAGCCCAGCCCCAGCAGAGAAAAACAGCCAGUAUCCAGAAUUCAUCUUCCUGGGCACAGGGUCUGCCAUCCCAAUGAAGAUCAGAAACGUCAGCUCCACACUUGUUAACAUAAGCUCUGACAGGUCUGUACUGUUGGAUUGUGGCGAAGGUACGUUUGGGCAGCUGUGCCGUCAUUAUGGACAGCAAGUGGACAGAGUCCUGGGCAACUUGGCUGCUGUGUUUGUGUCCCACUUGCACGCAGACCACCAUACGGGUUUGCUGAACAUCUUGCUGCAGAGGGAGCGUGCUCUGGUAUCCCUGGGGAAGCCCUUUCACCCUCUGCUGGUGGUGGCCCCCACCCAGCUCAGGCCCUGGCUACAGCAGUAUCACAACCAGUGCCAGGAGAUUCUGCACCAUAUCAGUAUGAUUCCUGCCAAAUGCCUUCAGAAAGGGGCUGAGGUCUCCAGUACCACAGUUGAAAGGCUGAUCAGCUCCUUGCUGGAGACAUGUGACUUAAAAGAGUUUCAGACCUGCCUAGUCCGGCACUGCAAGCAUGCUUUUGGCUGUGCACUGGUGCACUCCUCUGGCUGGAAAGUGGUCUACUCAGGGGACACUAUGCCCUGUGAGGCUCUGGUACAGAUGGGGAAGGAUGCCACCCUCCUAAUACAUGAAGCCACUCUGGAGGAUGGCUUGGAAGAGGAAGCAGUAGAAAAGACACACAGUACAACCUCCCAGGCCAUUGGUGUGGGAAUGCGGAUGAAUGCCCAGUUCAUCAUGCUGAACCACUUCAGCCAGCGGUACGCCAAGAUCCCCCUCUUCAGCCCUGACUUCAAUGAGAAAGUUGGCAUCGCCUUUGACCACAUGAAGGUUCGCUUUGGAGACUUCCCCACAGUGCCCAGGCUGAUUCCCUCGCUAAAGGCCCUGUUUGCGGAUGACAUUGAAGAGAUGGAAGAGCGCAGGGAGAAGCGGGGGCUGCGGGAGCUACGGCUAGUGCAAGCAGCCCUUCUAGCCCAGCAGGCAGACAGCCCAGAUAAGGAUCCUCAGCAGAAGAGGGCCCACACAGAGGGCCCACACAGCCCACAAAACAAGAAGGUUAGAGCCCAGUGAAGGUCUAAGCCAUCCUGGAUUGAAAGCUGUGUUCUCUGUCCUGUGUGGCACCCACCAUCUGUUCAUCCUGGCAGAGCUAGCACACAUGAUCCAGCCAGAAGGCAGCCUGGGGUUAGAGUGUGCCAUCUUCUGUGGCCAAGGGAAGGGAAAGCACCGACCUGGUAGGAGCCCCUCAUGUCUGGAGAAGAACAGUGUCAGGACAGGAGCCAUGCAGUAGAAGACAGCAAGCCAGUCUUUAAAGACAUCUAUGGAAAUUGAGGUGUCUGCCCCUUACUUCCUAGCACUGGUUCCUUCUGCAUGUCAGAGUCAAGGCAGGUUACGAAUCACAUUGGGUCUAAGUAUCCCAGACUCCAAGAAUAGUGUUUCCAAAGAAUCGGACUCAAUAAAGCUUGAGUUUGGAGUCCCAAAUUCUUUGGCUGCAUCAUGUUUCUGCUACAGAGUGGGGUCUUCUGCAGGCUGGGUAUCCAAUGUACCCUGCAUGUUCCAGUGGCAGUGAGGACCUGUGUAGCCUGCUCCCAGGGAGUCACUACCUCUCCAUAGCCUAAUCUCCACAGCUGUCCAGCUGUACCAGCCCACAGCAAUGACUUCUCACAUUGAGAGAUGGAGCCUGACCCAGCCAGUUGCAGGCAUCACAUGCAAGUCUUCUCAUCUGAGUACAAGUGAGGACAGUCAGUUUGUUCUCUUGCCCCAUGAAGAGAAUGAGAAUCAGUUUGUCCUUGAAAACAUGGAGAAAUGUCAUGUUGGGCUGGCCACCUUGCCCUCACAGGAUCUAAAAAUACAGGUCUGUGACCAAACCUCAGAAGGCAAUUCAAAGGAGAAUCUACUAUUUAUAUAUUCCCCGUACCCAGGAGAAGGUGGAAAGAACUUUAGACAUUCAGGUUAUGAGAAAGACAGCAAGAACUGGGCUGGUGAUCUUCAGGUUCCUCCUGAGGCAGCACAGGAUACUGUAACUGCCCAGCAGCCUUUAUUAUUAAAGCAAGACCAUGUGCCAAGCUCAGGGAUAAUAAAUCUAUUUUAAUAACAUUA